AUAGAGAAAUAACUUUCAAAAAGGUUUCUGUAUUUUGAGUUUACCCGUUUCUCCCUGCAUCAGUACUCCAAAUUCGGAGAAAAUAAAGAGGUACUUUCAGUUUUAGAUGGGCUUCUAGCUUUAAGUUGAAAAUUGUUCUGUAGUUUGUAAGUUUAACAGAAUAUUUAUUUUCGGUUACACGGUUUCGGUUUAUUGUUAUAUCGGCUUAGUUCACUUGUCUUGCUUAGUUUCACAGGCGAGUUUUUUAACGUAUUUAUGCCUGUUUCAGGAGGGAUGGUCGUAGAAAUUCUGAAAAAAUUUUAUAGUUUCGGCUGAACGAGGGUGGACCCAAGUUUUUCGCCUUGUUUGCCGCUCGAUCAUUGAUUCUCAAAGAUUGGUUUCAGUACGUGAAGUUGUGAAGUUUUGACGCGUCAUAUGACUUCAUAUGCAGCCGAUUACUCUCGUGAUGCGCUCUCCUGAUACCACAGCAGUUUAUCAGAACUUUCAAUAGUAGCUCAAGUUUGUGCGUUGGUUGCGCUGACAGUUUUUGAGACCAACGCUGCGCAGUUGAGAAAUUUUUUUGAAGUGCGAGGCAAAUCAAUUAGGCCGCAAGAGUUGAUAAGACAAGAUAAUGCAGAAGCUAUGCAAGACCACGAAGUCGAAAACAUUGCCCAGUCAGCCGUUAAAGCAGCGAGGGAACUGGCUCUGAGUUUGAGCAGACGAGGAGUUGAUGUGGACGAUGAAGCAGAUACGAUGGGGUUCCACUUGGAAGAACGUCGGGAAAAACCGUAGGACGAUCACGCGUCAAGGAUGAUAAAAAGAGUAGACAGUAAAAAGAGGGAUGUGAACUACAAGUCUAAAGAGAAUGCGGCUCCACAAGGUUUCUACGUCAUUCCAGGGCCAGCUAGUGGAAUUCCAGCCGUAGUGCCUCCGGCAAGCGCAAGUCCAGGAGGUAGUCCGGAUAGCAAAAACGUGCUCGAACAUGUGAGAGAUCAAGUGAAAGACGCGAAUGCGGCAAUGGGGGAAAUCACAGACCUGCUGAAAGUGAUGACAGGGAGUAAUUUCCCCUCUAACCCAACGGGGAAUCUGACUAGUCAUGGGAAGAAGUCGGGAGUUGUGAGCAACUUGAUCUUCGGGGAUCAUAAUAAUAAUAACAACAACAACGAGAACCCUUUUUGGGGAUAAAUUAAAGGAGAUUUAUGAUGGACAACCAAGUUCGAUGU